GCAUCCAAAUAAAAGUUUGUCUUCACUCCUUACAGAAAUUUCCCACGCAGCAUCCGACAACGAAUGCCAAAGAACGGACUGCGAGGACAGGGGCGCGGAGCUCUCCUCCCAAGGAGUUGAAAUCCGGAGGCAACCGUGCAAGAUGGACCCGCAGAGUUGGACGGACGGCGGUGCGACUUCUGCCCCCAAUCUUAUGAUGCCCAGAGAACUAACACCAGACUGGAACGGAGCAGGCUAUGGCGACAAGGUGGAUACUUUUGACCGUGACAGCUGCAGGGGUGACACCUCUCCCCCCACCAACCGGUCGGGCCCACAGAAGCCGCAAACGCACCGACGACCGGACAAGCACCCGUGCCGCUUCUGUCCUUACUCGACCACUUCCGCAGCAAAUGUCGCCAUCCACGAGAGGACACACACUGGAGAGAGGCCCUUCAGUUGCGGUGCCUGCAAGAAAACGUUCGCGCGGAAGGCUCACUUGAUAUCUCACGUUAAAAUUCACACCGGAGAGAAGCCGUUCAAGUGCAACACGUGCAGCAGGGCGUUUAGUCAUAAACGCACCUUGGCGGAUCACGAAAGAAUUCAUACCGGAGAGAAGCCGUUCAAGUGCAACACGUGCAGCAGGACAUUUAUUCAGAAAUGCAUCUUAACUAAUCAUGAGAGGACUCACACAGGAGAGAAGCCGUACAGGUGCGAGACCUGCAGCAGAGCGUUUGCGGCUUAUAGCAAUUUACACACUCAUCGGAAGAUGCAUCACAACUGAUCGAAACAGCAACGUGCAUCAUAGUUGUGCAGGGGAUUUAAACGAAAUACUGGACCUCCGACGUGUGUUCAUUUCAUUUGGCGAUAGACCUGCAGGGGUUUUACUUGCGAGCAGUGUGUGUUUCGCAUGGUUCAAAAUGUUUCCGCCUCUUACUAAUCGCGUAAACACAGCUAAAAAAUGUGAAUUUACCUUAGAGUAAGGGACCAGAGUUCUUUUUUGUACACGAGAAAAAGAAAAUAGUUGAAGCCUUAUCUUGUUUUAUUCAUUUAGCGUCAUUAAUCACGUGAUGCACCUGGAGUCUAUGUUGUCUGUAGGGCCACUUACGUUCCUCACAAGUCGGCCUACUCAUGACCAUAAAUAUACGAACUUAUAAAAUACCUAAAGUCUUUCAA